AUGGCGCUGUUUGCCCUUGAUUUGCCCAUGAGAAAAAUUUUUUGGUUUGACCAAACCAUAUGGGACUGGUCGAACCAAAAAAUUUUCCCAGUGGGCAAAUCAAGGGAAACAGCGCCAUCUAUGGUAAAUUCUAUAUAUAAUCAGUUGCGCAUAUUUCUUAAUGUGCAAGACAUGAGUGAAAUUUCCCCACUUUCAAAAAAAAUUCCACAUGUAAAGUCUUACAUAAAUGCAGGCUUCACAUGUGGAAUAUUUUUGGCAUGUGGGGAAAUUUCCCACAUUAAGAAAUAUGUGCAACGGAUAAUAAUAAUAAUUUUGUAUUUAAUUUAUUUUCAAAAUUUAAAAUUGCCAAAUUACAAAAAUUGGAAAGUAAAAAUUAAUUUAAUUUGUAAUAUUUAUGUUUUUAAAAUGCAAGCUGUUUAA